UCAUAUAAUCAUUAACGUCUUUUGCGAAAAUAGUUUUGAUUUAAAAUUAUGAUCUGCUUUAUAGGUUUAUUUUUAACUUUGUUUUAUUUUUAUUGUAUAAAUACUUACAACUAUUGGUCGAGGCGUGGUGUCAAGCAAAUUAGUUUAUUUUCGUUACUACGUAUGUUCAAGCGACAGUGUCUGAAACAGGUUAACGAGGUAGAGUUGUACGAAAAGGUAUACGCCAAGUAUCCCAAUGAAAAAAUUGUCGGAUUUUAUAUUUUCACUUCACCAGUACUCAUGGUCAGAGAUCCUGAAAUAAUCAAAUAUGUCCUUAUAAGAGACUUUGAUACAUUCUACUCAAGAGGAAUUUUCCAACUAGACAAAGUGCCUGAACCAUUUUUAGAUCAAAUAACUUCUGGCGAAGGUGACUUGUGGAAAUUAUUGAGGCAAAAUCUUUCGCCUGCUUUCUCCACUGGAAAGGUUAAGGGAAUGUUUCCUCAGAUUUUGACUAGAGCGGAAAAAUUGCAACGUAUUGCAUGUAAAGCGGACAAAGGAGAAGUUGAUGCUGUAGAUUUAGUGAAACGUUACUCUGUAGACGUCGUUGGAGCUUGCGGAUUAGGUAUCGAUUUGGAUACCUUAAAUGGCGAGCAUGAAGUGGUCUUGAAACUCGGUAAACGUAUUUUUAAAAAGACAAACAGGGAUGUACUUGUAUACUUUUUGAAAUGUACCAUGCCGGCUAUAUUUAAGCAUGUCCACCUAAUUCCAUCUUUUGUGCAAGAUGCUACUAAAGCUGUGGUGAAAAUUAUUAUGGAACAAAGAAAUGAUGAGCCCUACGACAAGAAUGAUUUUGUGGAUUUACUUUUGAAGUUAAAAGAGAAGGGUGUGAUGGUUGGAGAUUCUUUGACGCGCAAAAAUGUCGACGGUUCCCCUGUUAAGACGGAGAUAGAGUUUACCGACGCACUACUGACUGCUCAAGUGUUCAUGUAUUUUGCCGGCGGGACUGAUACGACGACUUCUGCGACAAGCUACACACUGUACGAGCUCGGUCACCAUCCUGAAUACCAGAGAAAAUGCCACGAAGAAAUUGACUUCGUGCUAGCGCGUCAUGGGAACCAAUUAACUUAUGAAGCCAUUAAAGAGAUGAAAUACCUCGAGGCCUGCUUCCGGGAAGCAUUACGCUUGUUCACGCCGAUUGGAAACUUUAUGCGCAAAUGUAUGAAGCAGUACACCAUCCCCGGCACUAAUGUCACGCUCGACCCCGGCGUGUUGGUAGUCGUCCCGGCGCAGGCGGUGCACAUGGACCCUCAGUAUUUCCCCGACCCUGAGCGGUUCUGUCCUGACCGCUUCUACGGAGAACAUGCAAUCUUCAAGGAUGCUUACAUGCCUUUUGCUAAAGGACCUAGAGCAUGCAUUGGUGAGCACUUGGGUUACAUCCAGUCGCUGGUGGCUGUGGCGGCGGUGCUUCGCCACUCGCGUGUAUCGCCGGUUGGCGAGCGGCCUAGCCGUGUGCCGCGGGAUCCCAACACCGCCAUCGUACAGAAGAUUAAGGCUCCACUACGAAUCAAAGUUACACCACGUUCAAAUUCAUAUGAAUAAAAUAUUAAUAUUAAUACAGUAAGGUAACGGACCCAAUCAUGAACAGUUUAAGAUAAAAUUUUGCCUAUUUUUGAUAUUUCACUGAGCGCCA